AUGCGCCAUUUCGCAACAAAGCUGCCCUUUCUCCUUGCCGCCUCGGCUACUAUUGUCAGCGGACAAGAUGCGACAGUCACAGGAAUCGGUGCCGCCAACACAGGCAAUGUGAACAAAUGCGCCGCGCAGAAAGUGGUCGACCAGUGCGUCUUCACCAUGAAAUUCCAACUCGAGAACUGCGCCACCUAUGACUGGGACUGCCUCUGCACCAGCAGCACCAACGUCGUCGGCUGCUACAACAACUGCCCUGAAAGCCCAGACCGCCUCGGCGCCGAACAAAUCCGCCAACAAAACUGCGCCAACGCCAAAGCCUACGACACCACAAGCGUAUCCCCGCCGGCCACCAAGAGCGCCGUCAUGAGCAGCUCGCGCGCAUCCGCGUCCACGACAGACACCGCCUACAGUGGGCUGGAAGCGAACAACAACGACGACGCCCAGCCAACCAAGUCUCUCGUCGGACUCGAAGCGUCAGCAACGGCGUCAGAGGGAGCGGCGGCGGCGAAGGCGGCUGGCGGGUGGUUAGCGUUCUUGGGGCUGGCGCUGGGGGUAAUGUUCUAG